UCAGGUAGCAGGCAGGAACACUGAAUUAAAUCACUGUAACAAAGGUUAAGGUUCCUUUCUCCCAACGUAACAUAACAAUACACGAUGUGUAUGCAAGAUGUACAAGAUUAUCGUAUUAAAGACAACUGUCAAAAUCAAGCAGUUCAACUAUUAAAAACGAAAAAAGAGAAGCAGGGAUAAAAAAAAAAAAAGAGAGGACCAUCCGAUACCCGGUACGCAUCGCAGUGCAACUAGGCGGAGGGGCUAAAUAUAUACAUUCGAUUUAAGCGAGUGCAGAAAAGUUGGAAAGGAAUCAAGGAUAAGGGAAUUUUUAUAUACACUAGAAUUAGUCCGAUCCUGAAUAGAAAAUACCUUGAUAUUAUAAGAUGACAGGAAGCGAAGGAACACAAAAAUAUGAGAACCCUCAAGUAAUUGAGUUAAAGGAAAAAGGAAAAAAAGCAAUGAGUGAAAAACGCUAUGAAGAUGCCAUCCGCCACUACAAUAAUGCUAUUGCACUCGACCCUGACAAUUACAUUUUUUACAGCAAUCGUUCAGCCGCUUAUGCCCAUCAGGAAGAGUACAACCUGUCCUUGAAAGAUGCAGAAAAAUCAAUUGAACUGAAACCUGACUGGGCAAAGGGGUACUCAAGGAAAGGUGCGGCAUUGGUCUACUUGGAUCGCUUUAAAGAAGCAAAAGAAGCUUACGAGGAAGGAUUGAAGUUAGAUCCACAAAAUAAAGGAAUGAGUGAGGAAUUGGAGAAGUGCAUUCAACGAAUGAAAGAUCCUGCUUUAAGUCAGCCAUUGUCAAACCCAUUUGCCAUGCCUGGAGUAGAUGAUAAAUUAAAAUCAGACCCAAGAACCAGCCAGUACAUGGACAACCCAGAUUACCAAAAACUACUGGGGACACUAAAAAGAGACCCAAAAUCGCUUGGAAGGGAGUUAGAAAGUAAAGAAGUUAUGGAAAUUUUGAGUGUGUUACUUGGAAUUGAAAUAAAAAUUCCAUCAGAUGACGAUGAUGAUAAAGAAGAACUAUCUGUAGAUGCUGGGGAAGAACAACUCGCUGAUGCUACAGAGACACCACAUGCUAAGGAACCUCCAACUACAGAGGCUACAGGACAACCAGAUGCUGAGGAAGACCAACCUAAAGAUGUUAUGGACAAAUCACACGUUACACCUGUGCAAGUGGAAGAUGAGGGACGAGAAAGUGCAAAUAUUACUGAUAACUGCGAUAGUGAAGAAAAUAAUUUUGAUGAAAUAGAUGAUGAUGUCAGUGAUCACAAUGAGUCAUCAGAAGUUGCUCUUCCUAUACAAACAGAGGAACAUGAAUCAAAGGAAGAUAUGUACAGCAUGUCAUGUUCCUCUCAAUCUUUUCGGAAUACAUCACCUUCACAGCUUCCCUUCCAUGAUUGUACUCAAGAUGCUCAGGAGAAAGCAAAUGAUGCAAUGGUUUCUGCUGGUCCUAAUGAGAAAAUGGCUCCAGCAUCUGAACCAUCUUCUCUUAGCUCAACUGUCGAAAUACAACCAGAAUGUGACCAGAAGCAAAAGGACACCACGCAAGUAACUCAAACUGUUACUGAGAAGGAUCUGCCAGAGUCUGAUACACUUAGUUCUUCGGAAAAAGAUGGGAGCCAUGCUGUAUAUGAGAAAAAUGCAGAAGAGGCAGAAACAAUGGCUUCUUCAUUGGAUUCGAAGAAACCACCUUCUGAAGAAGAGAACGAGGUUCCAACAGAGGCCAAUCAUAAUGGAUAGAUUUCCCACACAGCAAAAUUUUGAUUCUUAUUUUAAGAAAAAAAAAAACUUAAAUUUAAAUUUUAUAAUCAAGCAUUAUAUUCUUAACAAGAAUUAUUUUUAAAAGAAUCUGAUUCCUGUUUAUGAAUAAACUUACUUGUUUCAGGCAUAUUUUUUCCCUUGAAAUAAGAAUAAUUAGAUCAUGUAAAUAAUGUUUAACUAGAAUCUCCACAAUGUGCAGAUAAUCUGCAAUCAAUAACUUUUAUUGACAUCAUCAAUUUACAAUCAGGAUACAGUCAAGCUACACAAAAGCCUAUAUUACAUAACCAAACAAAAUUGUGAGAGUAUAUUGGAGGUAAAACGUGCGACAUGGCCUCCUCAUAUCUACAGAGUAUGUUACAAAAGGUUAGCAUUUCAAAAGUGCCACUGGAAUAAAUGUCUCAACAC